AGUAAUGAAGCUUCCGCUUCUCAAGCCCAAAACUCAUAUUCGGAUAGCUCGCAAAAAUCUCAUGAUAAAUUACACGUCAAACAAAUUUCGGAAUCGCAAUCUAUUCGUAACACUCCUAAUUUACCUGAAGAAUCCUCAGAACAAAAUACAGACUUACAGAAAACAAAAAUCCCUGAAAUAGAUGUACAGCCAUUGAUAGAAGAAUUAAGAAUAGAACCUUUAGUGGAAGAUACCGUUAAAGUUGUUAAUGUUGAUAAAAAUUCUACAGAUAAGCAAUCACUCGCAAUCGAAUUG